UCAGUUUUAACAUUCAACUCGAAAAUUUGAUUUCGCCCUUAUCGCGAUUCCGUAAUGGCGAACGAAAGGGUUUGUUUUGACAAAAGGACCGCGGGCAGUGCGCGUGCUAUUAUUAGUCCGCCGCAGUGGGAUAUUGAUUAAAAGACGUGCGCCCUACUAUCUGGCAACCACCGUUCAGUUCGCCUUCGCUAGUCCCGAAUGGCGGCGGCACUAACCACCCCCAAUUUCUGCUGACAUCGGAAUGCGGAGUAGCGAGUCAAGAUGCCGAAGAAGAAGCCCACGCCCGUUGAGGAUCUGAUCAUCCCUCCGCAAGACACGAAAAUUUGCGGUACGAUAUGCUUGUGUCAGCUGACCCUAAUUCUCAGUAGUGUAGCAAUAGUGUAUCUUACGGUCGCAAUUUACGUUCCAUCUACUCGCGCCAUGCAAUCGGGGAUAUCAGAAACUCCAGUUAUGUGCACCACUACUCGAGCCGUUACGGUGGAGUCCUGUGACUGGGGUUCUUGCGGGGAAUGGUGUCUAAGCAAGACGUCCGGAUCCUGCAUGCAGAUCUACGUGAAUUUGAGGCGAAACGGUUCGAAUUUGUUGCUGGCGAACUGCACGAACAUCGCACAGAAGUUCUGUUACGGUAAGGAUCAGGAGAACGCCAAGAAGAGUAGAUGCAUUGCGGAUGAAUGCAAGAACCUGACGGGGACCUUCAACUGUUCCAUGGGGAUGUGCAUCGAUAUAACGGAUUCCUUCGAGUGCAUUUACAAGGAUACAGACCCACCGUUGAAAUGCUCUGGCAGAAGAGGGAAAAUUACUUGCAUCGAUCUUAACGGGUUGUAUAGUUGCAAUAGGGGGACUUGUGAGAGAAUCCGGACACCCUACAACUGCGAUCGCCAGUGCGGAGAUAUUCCAACAAGAAAUAAAAAUGUGAUUAUGCUGAGUGGCGAUGAGGUGUACCUCUCGCAGUGUCAGCGGUGCCUGGACAGUGACACUGGCGAAGAGGUUUGGAACGAAGAACAGGACAACAUUAUUAUGGCUUCUUGCCAUACCAUUCUGAAUACCAGCAGAGGUUUGGAAGCAGUAGACUGCGUAAAUGGUUCUCUAUUAGCCAACAACAUCUUGAGUGACAUGGCUAACUUCACCUAUUUGAGCUAUUUGAGCGUUUUCAACACAGUUCCUCUGGAUGAACGCCAGAUAGUUGCUCCGCCUGAACCUGAAUUGCUCAUAGCGAACGAGAGUAAGCUUCUGAUCAACCUGGAAGGAUGCGUCAAUACUCUGAGAGAUGAGUGCAAGGAGUUCCUGAAAGUUUACGGUAAAGAUGGCACGGACCACAACGCCAGGGCUCGCUUUCCAUGCUUUUUCUCGGCAGAAAAUCCCACUGUGGUUGUAGCUCGCUUCGAUUUGGCUACAACGACUAAGCAAUUUUUAAUCGCUUCUCUCCUGCCCUCUGUUCUUUUCGUCGUAUCAUGUCUCACUCUAAUCCUUUGUCAACGCACCGUCGUUGUGGGGGAUGAUGCGAAAAUGCGUUUUCAGGGAUGCAUCAAAGCUGAGGCUGAAGUUGCGGAGAAAGCUGCGUCAACGAACAAUAUAAACGACAGGGGGGGAGGCAAUUCAAUCAUGGCACUUUGAGAUCAAUCACGCGUUCCCCUCCUUUUGGACCGAGACUGAAUCGAGUAAUCAAUAAAAAUUGCAUCCAUCGAGUAGGGGAAAGCGUACAUUUUGGAUUUGUGGCACUUCUAUAACAUAUAAAGAGGAAGAUUUCGACGAGAACACGUACUAGCACGGAUACUCGAAAUAUCUCCACGCCAUGCUUUUUCAGCUGUUUAUUCAAAAAUUGUUGAUAUAUCACUUCAUCCUCUCUCACAAUAUUUGAUAAGUUGAAGUCAAAUGGUUAUCGGCUUGAAAAUUAUUGAAUAUUAUUCGAAAUCGUGAAUUAAUAAACUUUAGUACAAAUAUGAAAACAUUGAUCUUGAAUCUUGAUUGUAUCAUAUAUAUUAUGAUUGAUAGGUACGUAAUUAUAACGAUCUGUAAAUAUAUUAGUAUUGUUAAAAUUGACAGUUUGCCCAAUAAUUGAUAUGCAGUUUU